GGAUAAGUUUUAUAAGAGUAGCUGGGGAUAUUCUUCUGAACCGUGAGUGAAGUGACUCCACGAGGGAACCUGAAAAGAGAGAAAGAGUGAAAGUGCAGGUGUGUGUGUGUGUGCGGGACAAGACCAUGCUGGGUUGUGAGGGUGGGGCGGUGGUGCGGCGGUGGCUGACCCUGGUCACAGGGCUGCUGGAGUGCCUGUGUUUUGCGGGGGCCGUUUUCGGCUGGGCCUCCCUGGUGUUCGUCCUGAAGACGGAAGGCUACUUCAGCUACCUGUGUGUCAACACUACCGGGGUCAAUGGAACGCAAUUCCUAGACUGCAGUGGACAAGAUGAACAGUUCUCCCUCAUCUUCACCAUCGCUUCCUUCAUGAACAACUUCCUGCUGCUGCCCAAUGGCUUCCUGUUUGACCGUUUCGGCACCAUGGUGGCCAGGCUGCUGGGAAUAUCCCUGUACACCUCUGGUGCCUUGUUUGUGGCCUUCUCAAGUUCAGCUCUGUCCGUCCUCCUCUUCCCGGCUCUGUCCUUCAUCUCUGUGGGAGGCAUCUUGUUUCUGGUCACCAACAUGCAGAUAGGCAACCUGUUUGGUUCUGCUCGCUCCACCAUCAUCACCCUCUACAAUGGUGCCUUCGACUCCUCCUCCGCCCUCUUCCUCAUCAUCAAGCUGCUAUUUGAGGCUGGGAUCUCUCUUCGUGCCUCUUUCCUCUUCCUGGCUGCGUGUGGCGUCAUCCACCUGGUCAGGACCUUCCUCCUGCUACCCAGAACACACAUCCCCUACCCGCUCCCUGAGGGCUACACCUAUGGGAUAAACUGUGGCCAGACCAAGACCUUCAGCCCGGAGCAGACAGCAGCCAAUUGCAACGUGCAGAGUGAUGAUGUCACGGAGGAAACGCCUUUUAACAAGGAGAGCGCAGAGAAAGUGGCUACUUUCUGGGAGUGUUUCCUGUCCAAGUUCUUCAUCUGGCACCUGGUGUGGCUAUCUGUCAUGCAGCUGAGGCACUACCUGUUCAUCGGCACCCUCAAUCCCAUGCUGCAGAGACUGACCCAGGGAGAACCCUCUCUGGUGAGCACAUACACCAAUGCGUUUGCUGUGACCCAGCUUUUUGGGGUGCUGUGUGCCCCCUGGAACGGCCUCAUCAUGGACCGACACAAGGGCAAACCCAGGGCCCCAGGAAUGAGUGAGAAGGAAGCAGACCUACGUGCGUCAGUGCUCUCCCUGACCCUGACGGCGCUGCAGUGUGUCCUGUUCUCCAUCUGUGCCUCCACCCCCUUCCUCCCCCUCCAGUACCUCACCUUCAUCCUGCAGGUCCUCAACCGAUCCUUCCUUUAUGGAGGCAAUGCAGCCUUCAUCAGCAUUGCUUUUCCUCCCUGUCACUUUGGGAAGCUGUACGGUAUGAUCAUGGCUCUGUCUGCAGUGGUGGCUCUGCUGCAGUACCCCUGCUUCACCCUGGUCAAAGGAGUGCUGGGAGGAGACCCACUAUACGUGAACAUAGCCCUGACGUUACUCAGCCUGCUGGCCUUCAUCCAUCCUGUCUGUGUCUAUCUGCACUGUCGUGGCCUGGCAGUCCAGAGGGGUAAACCCAAGGACCCCCUCCCCUCCCCCUCCUCCUAGAACAGCUCUAAAAAGGGAAACAAACACACACACUUGAAAAAGGCCAUUUCAACCCUCACUCCUCUGUUUCCUCUCCAGUUUGUAUAUUAUAUACAUGUGGUAUCAGUUAGUUAGCGUUAGGGUUAUACAUGUCUUAAAUCAGGAUUUUAGCUGACUCUGUUAGAGUGGGAACAAAAACUGUUUACAGACUCCUCCUAAGUGCUAAUGUUAUUGUUCAGCCCUGCAUCGACCGCCCCAUUGGUCUUGGCUACAGCUGAAAGCCCAUAGGCUGCUAUUGUAUGUACUGUAGCUGAAAACGUAUUUGAUCUGAUGUAUUCUAGCUGGCUAGUCUGCCUCCUUUUAUUCCACUCUAAGCAGUAUUAACUAACCGUGCACUGUGACACUGCUGCCCAAACCCCUACACUCAGACUUUCCAUUGUAGGAUCCAAGCAGUCAAGGACAACAACACAUCUAAACUAAUCUAGUGUUUAUUACGCCUGUUAGAAUAAGGAUUAAUUAAUGUGAUAAUCAGUUUGAGGUAUAGGAAUUGGGUCCCCAAUGUCUCCAAUUCAUAAAUCAAACACCUCUCUUCGGGAGUCUGAGAGGCCAUUUUGGCAGGAAAGGCAGAACAGGUCUGCCACCUACUGACCUAAACUGGGGGAAACAGCCUGUUUCUGGGUGGCAUUUACUACCCUCCUCUGAACAAACCGUGUCAUGAUGAUGGGCUUUGUAUUAUAUCCCCCAAUCACAUAACAGCGAGAACCUUUAUAGGGUUUAUUUAUAGUCUGGUAUAGAUAGCAGAGAUAGACCACUUAUGCCUUAUACAUGGAAGUCAACAACAUUGAAGAGACUAUUAUUUGUAUUGAGAAUGUACUGUAUUAAUUGUAAAGUGAUUAUUUCAAUGCAGGACAUGGAGGGACUAUAGCAUUAGAUAUAUAUAUAUAUUUUUACAUUAGCAACUAUGUAAAACACUUUAAAAUGACAAAUAGUUACACAUCAUAUAUGUUUUUGUUUAUAGUGAACUGUUUAUCAAUGAUUAAACAAGUUCUUUAUUCUGCAAAACUGUAUGUUUAUGCAUUGUUGAAAGUACAUAGGGUAAGCAAAUUGGCUUGUCCUCAUAGUGACCCAUUAGAGUUGUGGUGAGAUGUUUUGGGGAAUUAGAGAUUUAUAUCUAAUAUUUUGAAUGCUAGAAAGUAAACAAAGGAUUAAUGCCAUAAAAUGUGAGCAUCUGUGGCCUCCAUUUAAGAAAAUCCUAAAUUACCUAAAA